AUGACUCUCUACUACAGCCUCGUUUUUCUUCUUCUCGUCUUUGAGAUGGCCGUUUUCUUGGCCCUCAUCGUCCCUCUGCCUUUCAUCGUUAAGCGCAAGCUGUUUACCUUCAUCUCCGAAAGCCCCAUCAUCGCCAAGCUCCAGUAUGGGUUGAAGAUCACUUUCAUCUUCAUCCUGAUUUUGUUCAUUGACAGCGUCAACCGUGUGUAUCGGGUGCAGCAGGAGCUGGCAGCCUUCACCAAGGAUGGCAGCGCUGUCGGAAAUCUCCAACGCAGAGCUGCUCACCUCGGCACCGACCGCAUGGAGGUUCAAGCCCGCAAGUUCUACUCCCAGCGCAACAUGUACUUGUGCGGCUUCACCCUGUUCCUCUCUCUGAUCCUCAACCGCACCUACACCAUGAUCCUCGAUGUUCUCCGUCUGGAAGACCGUGUCAAGUUCCUCGAGGGUGACAAGAAGGCUGGCGGCAAGGACUCCGCCCGUCUGGCUGAGGCCGGCUCCAUUGGCGAGAUUGGCGCUUUGAAGAAGGAGCUCGAGGCCAAGGACCGUGAUAUCGAGACCCUCAAGAAGCAGUGUGAGGGUUUGACCGCUGAGUACCAUAAGCUUGGCGAUGAGGUCUCCACCUCCAAGGCCGACAAGAAUGACAAGAAGUCUUUGUAA